AAGCUCUCUCCUCUCGUCACUGGAGAGGUGUCCUCUCGGCCUCUUCAGCUAACACUCUCUCUCUCUCUAUCUCUUUCUCUCUCCUCUCCUCUCUCUCUCUCUCUACUGUCCUGUGAGCCCCUUCCUUCUGCCAUAACCUAAACAGCUUUGCUUUCACAAAGGAACUGUAGAAUUGGGGUUGGAAGAGGAGAGAUGGACAUUGAGCAGAAGCAGGCGGAGGUGAUCGAUCACUUUGUCAAGCAAGCGUCGGUGCUCAAGGGCCCCGCCCUCGUCCCCCUCAUAGUCGAGGCCACUUCGAACCCCUCCCUCUUCGCAUUCUCCGAGAUUCUCUCCGUCCCUAACGUUCUAGAGCUUGAAGGAACUGAAAAUUCUGUCUACGUUGGCCUGCUCCGUUUGUUUGCCCAUGGCACUUGGAGUGACUACAAGAGUAAUGCUGAUCGUCUACCACAAUUGUCAGCUGAUCAAGUUCUCAAGCUCAAGCAACUUACUGUGCUUACUCAGGCUGAGACAGAUAAGGUGCUACCUUACAGUCAACUAAUGCAGGAGUUGGAUGUCACAAAUGUACGAGAACUUGAAGAUUUCCUCAUCAAUGAAUGCAUGUAUGCGGGAAUUGUCAGGGGAAAGCUAGAUCAAUUGCAGAGAUGCUUUGAGGUCCAAUUUGCUGCUGGGCGAGAUCUAAGACCUGGACAACUGGGGAAUAUGAUACAAACUCUAUCUGACUGGCUGUCUACAUCUGACAACAUGCUUCUCUCUAUUCAAGAGAAGAUUAAAUGGGCUGAUGGCAUGAGUGAGUCAGACAAGAAACAUCGGAAGGAUGUUGAAGAUCGAAUUGAAGAAGUAAAAAAGUCACUUUCCCUCAAGCUUACUUACGUUGUGGCAGAAGUUGCAACCUGUAAGCAGGCCGACGACUUCAGAGGGCAUGAGGAGAUCUACUCUGAACCUGGUGGAGUGAUGGACUAUGAAGAAGACAGGACCCGACCCAAGAGAGUUUUUUAUUUCGCUGCCUGACUGGCAUGUUCGAUUCGGUCGCAGGAGGAGGCAUCCCAUGUAGAUUUGUAGAGAGCAUAAAACUCUAGGUGACGUGAUCAAGGUGACCUGCCAAAUUUUUGCUUAUGGCAUUCAAGCAGUAGUAGAGGAUUUGGCAACUGGUGAUUUAUCCUCCAAUUGCUUAUUUUUUUUGCUUUUAACAUAUCUUCGACCUACAGUUUUAAAGAACAAAAAAGAAAGGUUAUUUUGCUUUGCACUGGACCUGGUCUUAGUUCACUCAUUCCUAGAGCAUUUUAUGUAGUUGCGGCUAGAGAUUUGAUUUUCUUGUGAAGAUUUGAGAACAUGUGAUUCUUAUCUAUAUUGCCGUGUCUCAUCUUUUUGCUUAUACUUGCGCUAAUAGAUUUGCUGUGCUUCAUUCA